AUGGUGACACACUCGACUAUCCUCUCUACCUUUGACCAUCAGAGAUUUAAUGAAAAGGACAGACUCAAGCUGAGAAAGCCACUUGUGGAAAAGAUGCGCCGAGACCGCAUCAACAACUGCAUCGAUCAGCUGAAGAAGCUGUUGGAAAAAGAGCUGCACAAGCAAGAUCCAAACUCCAAGCUGGAGAAAGCUGACAUCCUGGAGAUGACAGUGAGCUUCCUGAAGGAGCAGCAGAAAAUUCCUACAGUGCAGGCCCAGAGGGACUAUAACCAAGGCUACUCUCACUGCUGGAGAGAGUCUCUAAACUUCCUUAACUUCCAGUCUGGUGGAGAAAGAUCAGCGCAGGAGAUCCAGCAGGUCAACCUAGACCAGAAAUUCAGCCCGAAGAUUUGCUCCGGUUCAUCUGUACCCAGUGGCAAACAGAGCCACAGUGACCAACAGCAACCCAACAGGCCUGUCUGGAGGCCCUGGUAG